GUGUGUUCUGUUACAGAACGUGUAGGUCAUUGCUAGUGUGAAAAAUGCUGUGAUAUCUGUCAGCCUUGAAGACAACCACACACUUCUCCUGUGUGAGGCGUGGGUGUUGGGCACUAUAAGGGCUGUGUCUAAUGUACCCUCUGGUGGUAAGGCAUUGAGUGGCUUCUUUCUGUUUGACCCAGGAAGAUCAUCGGCAGCGGCGGGACAUGCGCCUAGAGAACAGAGAUAUCGGGCUGCCCUCAGCCGUGCUGGAGGUGGAGCUCCGCCAGACAUCUGCAGUGUCUGCUCCAAUGUGUUCAGACCCUGGACAGCUGCUCACAGUCAGACCCGCCACCAGCAGCUACCAGCAUGGCCAGGCAGACCCCGGCGUCCCCUAUGCUGGCCAGGCAGCUGGGAAGGGCUCCUGUGUUCCUGAACGUGCAGAGUUGGGCUCACUCCUCAUGGAGGGGAGUGCCAGCUCAAGAGACCUUUGUUUGGAGGAAGACACCCCUCUGCUCUGGAAUGUCUCACAAAAGAAGAGGUCACAGUUCACGCCUGCUCGUCACCCAGAGUUCAUAGCCACCGAAGAUUCUUGGGAAAAUGGCCUGACUGCCUGGGAGCAAAGAUGCGUACUGGGCAAGGAGGUUGCUGAUAUGUCUUCGUUGGCCUCCACAGAGAAGGGAGACCUUGCCAGCAGUGUCCACCUCAGAGUUCAGGUCUCCAGACUGGGGUGCUGUGUGCGGUGGAUGAAGGUGACGGGCUUGUUUGCUUUUGUGGUAGUGUGCUCUAUUUUAUUCAGCCUGUAUCCGGAUCAAGAAAAGUUCUGGCAGCUGUUGGCCGUGUCACCGCUGGAAAACUACUCUGUGAGCCUGGGUGGCCACGCGGACUCCGUAAUGCUUCAGCUGGACCUGGCAGGGCCCCUGAUGGCUGCUGGACCAACUGGGACAAGGAAAGACGACCACAUUGUGGUGGUGGUGACCCAAGCCGACCCAACGGGCAGCAGGUGGCGGCGACCACAACAGGUCACUCACAACUGGACUGUCCUUUUAAGUCCAAGAAGCGAGCACGUGGUGGUGAGCAGAACCUUUGAGAUCAUGAGCAGGGAGGCUGUUUCCAUCAGCAUCCAGGCCUCCCUCCGACAGACUCGCCUCGUUCCUCUCUUGCUGGCCCAUCAGUUCCUCGGGGCAAGCGUUGAAGCACAAGUGACGAUCGCAGUGGCCAUCCUCACAGGGGUUUAUACUCUGGUAAUAUUUGAGAUCGUUCACAGGACCCUGGCAGCCAUGUUGGGAGCUCUGGCGGCAUUAGCAGCAUUGGCUGUGGUUGGAGAUAGACCCAGCCUGACCCACGUGGUGGAGUGGAUUGAUUUUGAGACUCUGGCCCUGCUGUUUGGCAUGAUGAUCUUAGUGGCCAUAUUUUCAGAAACGGGAUUUUUUGAUUACUGUGCUGUAAAGGCAUACCAACUUUCUCGAGGGAGAGUGUGGACCAUGAUCAUCAUGCUUUGUCUCAUUGCUGCCAUCCUCUCUGCCUUCUUAGACAAUGUCACCACAAUGCUUCUUUUCACCCCCGUCACCAUAAGGUUAUGUGAGGUGCUCAAUCUUGACCCAAGACAAGUCCUGAUUGCGGAAGUGAUCUUCACAAACAUCGGAGGGGCCGCCACUGCCAUUGGGGACCCACCAAAUGUUAUCAUUGUUUCCAACCAGGAGCUGAGGAAAAUGGGAAUGGACUUCGCCGGUUUCACAGUGCACAUGUUCCUUGGGAUUUGCCUCAUUCUCCUGGCUUCCUUUCCUCUCCUCAGACUCCUGUACUGGAACAAAAAGCUUUAUAACAAGGAGCCUAGCGAGAUUGUCGAACUGAAGCAUGAGAUUCAUGUCUGGCGUUUGACUGCACAGCGUAUCAGUCCAGCUAGCCGAGAGGAGACAGCUGUGCGUGGCCUUCUGCUGGAGAAAGUGCUGUCCCUGGAGCACCUGCUGGCCCAAAGGCUGCAUUCCUUCCACAGACAAAUUUCACAGGAAGAUAAAAACUGGGAGACCAACAUCCAAGAGCUUCAAAGAAAGCACAGGAUAUCAGACAGGAGUCUGCUUGUCAAGUGCCUGGCGGUGCUGGGAUGUGUUAUCUCCGUGUUCUUUCUCAAUUCUUUUGUCCCUGGCAUUCAUCUUGAUCUUGGGUGGAUUGCCGUUCUGGGUGCCAUUUGGUUGCUAGUUUUAGCCGACACUCACGACUUUGAGGUCAUUCUGCACAGAGUGGAAUGGGCGACUCUCCUCUUCUUUGCAGCCCUCUUUGUCCUGAUGGAGGCACUGGCGCGUCUUCACCUGGUAGAGUACAUGGGAGAACAGACUGCCUUGCUGAUAAAGAUGGUCCCGGAAGAUCAGCGCUUGGCGGCUGCCAUCGUGCUAAUCGUGUGGGUCUCAGCCUUGGCGUCAUCCUUGAUUGACAACAUCCCAUUUACAGGCACAAUGGUCCCUGUGCUUGUGAACCUGAGCCAGGACCCCGACGUCCGUCUGCCUGCACUGCCGCUCAUGUAUGCCCUGGCCCUCGGCGCCUGCCUGGGAGGUAAUGGGACACUGAUUGGAGCGUCUGCAAACGUUGUUUGUGCAGGAAUUGCGGAGCAGCACGGGUACGGAUUCUCUUUCAUGGAGUUCUUCAGGUAUGGGCAGCCACACCUGUUAUCCGGCCUGAGCCUUCAGGAUCAAGAGUAAACACACCUGGACCCAAGUCUGUUGUUAUUUAGAUAAGACAUCUGCUACCAAGGCUGGAAACAUCCUGCCCAUAGCCAAGUGUUUAGACCUUUAUAGAUCUAAGGACAGUUUCUAAACUCUCUGAUCUUGAGGCAAGAUGAAGCAAGCCCAUUUUUAUGGGGCCCUAACAAGGACUAAGAGUGGUAUCUUAGUCUAUGCAACAUGCAACACUCUCUGGAGGACCAGAUAAACUUGCAGAAUAGGUAUUGAGCAGUGAAAUGGCGUGUUAGCUGCAGAGUGGAGAGUCUCAGAACCCAGUGACUGCUCUGCCUAUGACAAGGAUGCCUCUCAAGUUCAAAUCUGGCUUGGAAGUCCUAGAAGAUUCCCGGAGAGUCACUGCUAUCCAGCUCAUAUUGGAAGGCAAAAGAGGCUGUUGUCUGACGUCUGCAGUGACUAGCCACAGAUACACUCGCUGAAGAAGAAGAGAAGGUAGAGUGGUAGGCAACUUCUUUUUCUUUGAGUCCUUUAUAUGAGCACUAGGGUCAGGGCAC